AAACUGGAAGCAUAUUAUUUCUUUUGAACAUAGUACAAGAACAACAAGCAAAUGCCAUCCUCAGUAAUACAUGAAAAGCCCACUGAAGUGGUAGACUACCAGAAUUGCAUACUAGGUACCGAUUGCAAUCUACCUUUUCAAUUGUAUGGGAAUUCAUUUAAUUUCUGGCCCCACUAACAAGAAAUGCUUUGUCCCAACAUCACAAUAUUGAAUAUUGUCGUUAUGAUGGGGUAUGACAUAACAAGGACUAGUAGCAGGACAUAGUAAUGUGAGCUCAAAUACAGGAUUUAAUGAUGCCUCAUCAAGGAGGAAUGCAUUGUUGACCCACCCAAGGUGACAACUGAAGUUUUGGAUCAACUUAAAUAACUUCCGUCAUCUGCGAAGCUACGAAAGAACGAGGACUGGUACUGGUGCAAGUGUAGAUAAUAUCUAUCAACAAGACGAUCUGAUGUCUAUCAUCCACGGUCUCAGAAUAGACUUCGAGAAGCAUUUUUUGUUCACCCGGCCUUCACGCAAGAUUUGGCAACGUUGUGUCACGCCUCCAAUUAGAUUGGCUUUCCUAUUUUCCGGUCGUCCAAAUCGAGACAGCAUUUACCUGAAUCGUGCUUGGUAUUGAGCUUUCUGGUCAAGGGACGGAUACCCAACUCUGUGCUCACAUUUCGAAUACGCCACAACAUUUUUUCGGACAUGAUGGUCAAUCUUGUUUCAAAUUCGCGUCCUGCUGACGGCCUCGUUUUACUAUUUCGAAUACAAUUGCAGUGCCAAUUUACCCAGUAUGAUGACAGUGGUUUUUAGAUUUUUCCGUCAUUCGGAAUUCACUUCUAUUAAGAUUACCGAUCUUCGUAAAGACCAUACAUUUAUUCUUCCUGUUUUCCCUCCUCCUUAGGUUCAGCCUUGUCCGCAUCAGUUUCCUCGGGUAGGUUCUCUUCCUUCUUAGCCCAGUAUUCUUCCAUGUCAUCGUCGAGUUUUUUUGAAAUAAUGGUCUUGUCCUUGCUCUUCGACCAGUAGUCAUCCAUGCUAGCAUCGAGUUGUUCAGCAGUCAUGGGUUCUUUCUUUUCCCGCUUAUUAGCCUUUGCAUCUUGUUUACUUUUGCGAUUGCCCGAUUUCCCCUUUUUGGAAUUUCCGCUCAACCGCCGCUGGUUAAUCUUCUUAUUCGAGUCUCGCUUUGAUGGGGUUUCGUGUUUGGCAUCACUGCCCCGACGCUUGCCCCGACCCCUUUUUGCAACGGUGCGUUCCGAGUCGUUAUUCUUCGCCGCACCUUUCUUGGUGGAAGACGAUUUACUUCGCCUUCUCUGUGAAUUAUUUCCUGACAUCUUUAGAGUUUGAAAUUAAAUGGGUAGCCUACUGGGUGGACUAUGGUAGAGUAUUGGUAGGUUGUGAUUAUUCUUUGAAUAGGAGAACAGGAUUGAAUCUGAUGCGAGCAGCGUUGCAGUUGUUAUUGGUCAUUUGGCUUGGCAUCUGCUCUCCAUCGAAAGAGUGGAUAACAAGCUCGAUACGCACCCGUGCCAGUGCUACAGUACGGUACUGUACUUGAACUCUACCUAGUCAAUUGUAACUACCGUAUGACUCUGAUCCAGUCUGGUGGCGACCGACUUCGGAAGGGUCAUCAGUGGCUUACUCGUACGUACGUACAGGUACCGUACGACAGGGGUCAUAAUUUAGAGGGUUGCGCGACCGUUGUUUUUCCUCCUGCAGGAUCAGAAUUUCAUUAUCCCAUGUGUGUCCAAAAUUGGAAAGUGUCACCCCAGGAUUUUUUGACAACUUCAUUUUUACUCCAUAAUACUAGAAAAACUGUUCAACUUUAAAGUAGUAACAACUUCAUCAAAAAUAUUGAUAAUAUACAUUUUUACUAGCCCAUCUAUACCAGUUUUUAAUGAGGAUUCUGAAUAUCGUAUAGCGUUGGCUCCCAAAUGUACAAACCAGUCGUCCAUUUUGGGCUACAUAUUUCCCAAGUACUAAAAGAAUAUGUCGAGCAAGCCUACUGACAUCAAGAAAUGUUGUCCAGCAACUACACCAUUUUUUCUAUGGAAUUUUUGUCUUGAUGUCAGUUGAUGUGCCAGAAAUAAAUUCUCGAUGAACACAUUGACCUAAAAUAACAUCCAAUGUUGCACCUAUUGCUCUGCGAAUAUUGCUCUGCGAAUGCUCCUUCAUGAUGCUGAUGCUGAUAGCAGCAAGGCAACUCUUUGUCAAUUGUCAGACACAGAGGAGUCCUCACAACCAUGUGCUGAAGCUAAAAUUAUCCCAGUGGAAGCGCUUCUUGUUCCAACAACAUACAUCUACUUGCGUACCCUCCAUUGACACUACAGCAGCAUCACUAUUAAGCAGCAGUAUAUCUCCAGCAACAAUCCUAUCCACAGUAGUAUUUCAACUAAUCAGCAACACUAAUCAGCUAUCAACACCAGUGAUCAAGUACAAUGCAUCAAUGCUAUCAACAACAACAACAACGUGUCAAAGCUAUCAACAACAACGAAUAGACGACACCCAUCAGCAGCAGCGACGCUCAGCAAUACUAUCAGCAACACUAACAAGCGGUAUAUCUCCAGUAUCAGCAACAGUACUCAGUAUCAAGCUAUUGGCGCCAGCUACCAAGGACAAGCAACAACAAUGACAGCAAUGAGAAUGACAACAACAAAUCAACAACAAAUUGAUGCUAAGCAACACUAUCACCGACACUCAGCAACACUAUCAGCAACACUUUUGAUGCCUCUCAACAACAUAGUAACCAACCGGCAAACAACAAGAAGUAGGACAACACAACAACCGGAAGAAACAACACCAAUUGUGAGUUUCAUUAGAGGUUUGCUUUGCAUAUGACAAAAUUUGAUCCUGUUGAGCAGGUAUAUAACUGUGAUGCAGGGCUUAGACAGUACACACAACAAAAGCAAAGGAUUAAAAGUGGAAGAGCAACUAGAAGGAAAGCAUGCAAGACUUUCCUUAGCAAUGGCAAGUUGCUUGGAUGUCACAAUUUGCAAACCAUUGCAGAGAACCAAGUCAAUGGAAGAUUUUGCUUCACUCAGAGUGAGUAUAAAAGAUACUUGGUAGCAACAGCACCAACAAAGUCAAGGAGCAGAAACAUGUGUUACAUGUGUCGUAGUAAUACAUACAGCUUGUGCAAGCUAUGUGGUGUCCCUCUUUGCAGCAGCAAUGCUUGUCUGGAGAAGAGGGACUCUAGUAGUGGAGACCACAUUGGGAAGUUUUGUCACAGCAACUGCCACAAUUAUGAGCAGUUUGGGCUUGGAAGGAGUGACUACUGCUCUAGGGUAAGAAGCCUCCAAGCAAGGAAGAGUUGAAAGAUAACACUGAGUACAUGAAAUUCUUAUUGGGCAUCAAGGAUGAGGACAAGGCUAAGGAUGAGGAAGACAAUAGGGUUGCUGGUGAURAAAACUUUGAUGUUGUUGUUUCUCCAAGCAGCACCAAUGCAACCACUGUUAACAGUGAACUAACUCUACCAACUGCAGAUAGUACUACUGAGUUAAGCACAGUGAUCGGACCAUAAGAAUCAGUGUAAUAAACAAAAUAGUUAUGAUUAUUAAAUAUGGAUGAUACUUUGCUCAUUCCUUUGCUCAUUUGGUUGCUUGUAUGGAUGCUGAUUUGGUUGCUGAUCUAGUUGCUGAUUUGUUUGCUGAUUUGGUUGCUCAUACAGAUGCUUAUUUUGUUGUUGCUUUGUCAAUUGCUUUGUUGAUUGCUUUGUUGUUGUUGAUUGCUUUGUUGGUUGCUGAUACUGUGGUUGCUUAUACUGUUGCUGGUGAUUUGGUUGCUGGUUGUCACAAUCCAUCUCCUCCUCCUCAUGAUUCAUCUCCUCGUAGUCAGCUGAAUCAAAGGAGAAGUUUUGAUCCAUGUAGUAAGGAUGUCCCCACUCAUCAUAAGCAAAUUCUUUGGCUCAUUGAGUGCAAGGAGUGUAGUUGUUUUCCCUCUUCAUCACUGUCCUGUAGAUCUCAAAGAUCCACUCAUGUUUAUCACCAAUGCUCAUUGAUGGAGGCAACAGUGGCUUUGCAAAGCAAGCCAAUUCAAUAGCCUUUGCAAGAUCUUUCUUUUUCAAGCAGGUCUUCUUUGAACAACCAGCACAGGUCUCAUUCAGCUCCUUGUUGUACAGAGUGCGUUUACUGUUCCAUUCCCACUCAUCCACCCAGCUCCAGUCCUGAUUCAUUAUGAACUGUACUUGAGGGGAUGGAUCAUUGAUUAUUUCAGGCAGAGGGAGCUCCGGGGCUUCAGGGGGAGGUGCAGAGGUGCCCAUUACAAUCUGUAUCUUCCAUCCAAGGCCUGAAUUGAUUUGUUGCUGCUUUAUUAACUGUGCUGCUUCCCCUGCCUUUGUGGCUGGGUCCCAUUUCAUCUCCAUGUUCCCCUUUACAAUUGCAAACUUGCGCUGUGGCAUCCAGUGCUUGCGAGCACAGGCCUUGGGUCCUUUGUACACAAGCAUCUGGGCUUAAUGCCUUGCCUUCUUUGUUUUUGCUCUCCUCCUCUUUAAUUUCACCCUUUGCUUUGGAUGAAGACAACCAAACAAGACAGCUCUGGUGCUUUGUGGAGGUACUGAAUCUGCGGAGCUUGCAGGGUAGCGUCGAUAUACAUCUUUAUGGAGAUCUUCAACAAGAAAAUCUGGUGUUUUAAGUUGCUCAGUGUGCUUGUUUUGCUGCUGCUGCUUAUUUUUUUCAGUAUCCUCCAUUUUUAGCAGGGGUACUCUCCCUCACAGGAUGUAUUGUUCUUGAUCAAUGUACUAAGGAGAAAGAAAUGGGAUCAAUGCAUUGUGUUAAAGCGCAGAGAAAUGCAUCCAACAGAGUUCCUUCUGAUAAACUGGAGACAGAACAAAUGUGUCAAGGAUGGGUGUUGUCAAAUUAUGCAUUCACACAAUUAGUGGCCUAAUUUAGUGAGCAGUUUGUCUGUUGGUGAGAUGGAAAGUGUGUAUUGUGGGACUCAAAUGUGUUGAGUUGAGGCAGUCUUAACACGGUAAUUAGAUGGCCGGUUAUCCCUGCUCUGUGUAAUUUAACCGUAUAACUGUUUCAGUCUUGAACUGACAGUUUGGGCUGUAACUUUGACCACAACAGACGGAUGAAGACAAGAAGCACAUGGUUAAAAAGAGAAUUCAAAGAGCUUUCUAACACUGUGGAGGAGUAGGGUGUCUGAUAAGUAUUGAUCAAUAUAGAUGUAUGGAUGUUGAGCAUUCCUGAUGUACAAUUGACGCAGCCUGAAAAUGGCCGUCAACGCUAUACGAUAUAAUUUUCUUGGAUAUCAAAUUGAUUUUUGUGCUAUCAUUCUUUUGUUAUUCCAUGACUAAAUUAGUACUUGUAGAGCUACUACUGGAAAAGCAGUAAACAAAAUGGACGAAGGACAGACUUUUUGAAUUUUUGUUAGGGACUGGACAGUUUUCACAAAAUUGGAUGGAGGACAGACUAUUUUUAGUAGAAUUACAGUACUAGCCUUAGAAGUAGUACUACCAGCUCUGUUUCAUCACAUCAAACCUCAAACUACAGAAAGGAUUACUUGACUCCAAACUUUAUGAGAUAUGUGCAUAUGAAGUUUGAAAAUUAGAGAGUGAUUGGAAGUGUUCCUGUGUAGGAGGUCUUUCAGGUACAUUUUUAGCAGUGACACUAUGCAGUAAAAAUGAAGUUGUCAAAAGAUCCUGGGUUGACAUUUUCCAAUUAUGGAGGACACAUAUGGAACAUGAGUUUUUGAUGUGAAGCACCCCCCUCUAAAUUAUGACCCCUGUCAUACGGUGUACCAUAGUGUAUUGAGGACCUGGAGGCUAACUUUACUACAUGAGUAUGUAGCCUAGUAUGGUAGGGGUCUUAAACACAAAUUAGGUUCUCUUUUGCUGUUUGUUGCAAUUGGAAGUCAAAUUGUCAUCAUUCCGUGGCAUAAAAUGUAUAUUGUGGAAAAAACUGUUAUGUUUCAAAGAAACAGCAACUAUUGGCUCUGUAUAUUUUCUGCUGGAAGAAACAGUUUAUAGUCUCCAAAAACAGCCAUUCAUUUUCCACUACAGUCUACAUUAAAAAAAUUCAUAGUGGAUUUUUGGAUUUUUAGUAUUUCUACUCCCUCAGACUCCCUAUUUCCAUUGACUAGUAUUUCAGUAGAAAAAAACUAUUCUACUUUGCAGUAUUUUUUUCUUUUUGACUUCCAUGAUUUUGAGUAUCAAAAGGAGCCAGCAGUCAGACAAAAACAAACAACCCCCCCCUGAUUUUGAAUACUUCCUAGAGCUACUAAGUACAAUUCCAGUGCUGGCAAGUUGUUUCCUGAGCGUCGAUUUUUUUAUUUUCCAGUCUUUAUUUCCCCUCUCCUCCCCUCCACACAAAAAACUGACAAGUCUAUUUCUAUUAGCGGUCCUUAGUACUACUGCGGAUAAAAAUUUCUAUUAGAAUUUGUACGGGGAAUGCCAAUGGGUGAUUCCCAAAAACAUAGAUCUGUGUAAAUUUUGGCACGCCUGGCUCGCAUUAUGACCCAAAAUACAUAAAAGUUGGAUAUUUUUUUAUUGGAAUCCUUGAGUUAGAUUUUUAGUGUGACUGGGGGCAUGCGCACUAAAUGAUAUGGGCGCUAUGUGCCAUACGGAUUCCAAAUUCCAAAAAUGGGGGGAAAUAUGUAAUUUGAGCAGGCCGGGUGUGCCUUCAGUACCACUGAAAGUGAUUCCCGAAAACAUAUCUCGAUUUAUGUUUUCGGGAAUGACCCAAUAACUUGCCAGGACGGGAAUUGUACUUCGUAGCUCCAAUACUUACAUGAGAAAUUGGGAGUGCGACAUUGAUUCAUUUUUAAAUUUAAAUUUUAUUGGUUCCCCAUCUAGUUCUAUCGUACUCGUCAAGCGGUGGUACGGUACUAUCUGCAGCACUAUCGUACUUUACGUACGAUACCGUACCAGGUACGUAUUUGAUGCGAUUGUAGAAGAAUCUCGUUUCUUUUCAACCGAAAAGUCGUCCUUGUCACAGACUGAAGUGAAUAGCAAAUGUAUUUCGUAUUUCGACUUUAGCUUUAGGAAACGUAAGAUCCAUAUCAAUUACCUCCGUGGUACAAUAAUCUAAAGAUGACGAAAGCAUCCUUCAUCAGCACUCUUCUUUUCUUCCUCUUCGCAAAACAGUGGAACUCAUUCGUUCAUGGCAUAGAGAUCUCCGGAUCGAUUACGUCUUGUCAGGGCUGAGUUCUCAAUAAAAAACCGGAAUUGAAGAACUUCAUCCGGUAUGGUGGGGCUAUUAGCUUCGAGAAUGUGGUGGUAGAAUUCCACCACGGGCAACGUGCCACGCUGACGAUUUUCCAUGACGGAGUGGAGUACGAAAAGGUCGAUCUGCAGGAAAUUGAAACACAGGCGGAAAUGAUGCAAACGAUGCUGAACAAAGGGUUUCGAUUGAAAGCAGAGGAAGAAGUGGCUCGCAUCCGUCGAAUUGGAGCUGACACCAGACAAAAGGAGCAAGACGAAUUCGAUGAAAAAAGGAGGGAGGCAGAACGAAAAAUGGAAGAAUAUAGGGCGAGAAAAAAGCAAGCCGCAUUAGACAAAGAAGCACGAAAAGGAGAGUUGUAAAAUAUUCAAAUUAGGUCGUUGGAGACAUUUGAAGAGGGUUGUCGGUGGCAAUAUUUUGGAGAAUGACGGCCACAUAUGUAGUCUUGAUUAGACAAAUAUUUAUGGCCCGACAUCUAGAAAGCCGUGAACACAAUACUCCGGACUUUAUAACAUAUUUAGAAAUUCAUCUGGUAUUUCUUAGGUUCAAUAUAUAGUCCAUAUAUAGUGUAGCAUUGAGUGAGUGAUAGAUCCGUUUCAAACCUGUUAUUACUUUUCUUGUUCUCGAAGCUUCUUUCUUUCUUUCAGCAUGGUGCGGAAGUCCUCCAUUAGCUGAGAUUCCUUUUGCUGGUUCUCUUCCAUGGUGAGAAGGGCUAGUGCACGUUGUUCCUCGGCAGAAUAUACUUGGUUUUCUUUUCGGAUACGAACUGCAUUCAUUCGUGUGUGCCGUGAUCCACUCAUCACGUAACCGGAGUUCUCCCAUUUAUCAAUGUCAUCGCUAGAAAAUCCGAUUUCACCGCGUCUUGGGAUACGUAAGUUCUGUUGCACAUACUGAGCAAGAGCUUGCCCCUCACCAGGUAGUAAAGCACCUCCAUAUGACGCAUUGCCAUCGGCACCACCUCCACUGUUGCCGGCUUGUUGCAAGGGCAUUGGUCCCUCCUCUUCAUCUUCAUCGUCCUUUGUCCCUUGUACGGCUUGCUUGAAGGCAUGCGCCUCCUUCAAAUCUGAGUCUCUCAAACCCUCAAAGUCCACAGCUUUCUCAUGGUCUUUCACGUCAUCUUCGUUUGGUUUACUCUUCUUGUCGCGCCGCCUGACACUUUCGUCGGAUGAGGAAUUUGAACUGCUGCUGCUGCUGCUGCUACUACUACUACUACUACUGCUACUGCUGCUACUACUGUAACUUCUCCGUCGACUCCUUCGCGAUUUGGAAAUCCGACCACGUUUUCCAGAGCGUUUGCUUGAUUUUAUUUUUCUUCUUCUUCUACGACUUCCUUCUCGACGUCGUCGACGGCGGUCUGACUCGUAGCUAUCACUUGAUGACGAAUCACCACUUGCAGAAGAAGAAUCGCUAGCAUCAUCUGAAGACGAGUCUGUGUAGUCAUUGUCGUUUCGCCUGUUUUCCUUCGUUGGCGGUUCAAUGUCCUGUCUGCCAGGUGGUAACGGACUCGAAGACCAGAGUUGCCGUAAAUAGGAAGAAGGUUCAUCAACAGAGACACCCUUGUUGCUUUUGUAGCUUUUUCCCGACGAGUCACCAUUUUUUCUAUCUUUCCAAUGGCUAUUCAGAUUCAGCAAUGUUUCACGACGAAGUUUCGCCCUGAGUUGCAGUUGAUGCGGAGAGACCCUAGGGCCGCCUCGUAUAAUUCCUCCAAUUUUGCCACCAGAAUACUUUCCCGUACUUUGAUCCACAUCCUUCAUACUUAAUCUAAUGCGUUUUCCAAUUCGUUGAUCGUACUCCACUUCAAGAAUAACAGCGUGUACUUCUUGGUUCAUUUUCAAUAUGUCUGUUACAUGUUCGACCCGAUGAGAUGCUAAUUGACUGAUGUGGAGAAGUCCUUUAUGAUGGCGACGGAGCCGAUCACGGAAACUGACGAAAGCUCCAUAUGAUUCGAUACGAAUUACUUCCCCGUGAACGACUACUCCGGGACAGAGAUGUUUGUCUUCCUUCUCAUCAGAUGCUGGUCCAUAGUAAGGAUCACUUCUGCUUCGCGCUUCUGAUGGCAAAGUCGCGCUGCUGCUUUGCCGUCGCGAAUCGCCAUGACGUGAGUAAGACGAUGUUCCUCCUCUUCCGUUAUGGUUGCCAUUUCUGACCCGACCAAAUUCAUCCCUGUCCACCAUGUUAGUUUUACAAAUGCGUAGAAUGAACCUGUUUGGUUAAAUUUUGUGCUGAAUACAGAAUGGCAGUAACG